AUGUUACCAAAACAACAACAAACAAAUAGCAAUAUUAUAAAUCAAUCAUCAUCAUCAUCAUCAAUGACUGCCAUAAAAUCAACACAAAAAUGUGCUCAAUUACAGAUACCUGGACAAGAAUCUUCUACAACAUCAACAUCGUCGAAAAGAAUUUCACCAUCACCAUCAUCAUCAUCAUUUAUAAUUAUGAAUGAUAAUAAUUAUAAUGAUGGUGAUGGUAAUAAUAAUCAAAUGAUAAAACAAACAAAAUCAGGUUCAAUGAUUGAUAUAAAAGAUUUUUUUGAUGAUAAUUAUAAUCAAGAUAAAUUAAAAUGUUAUACACAAAUAAUCGAUAGUUAUCGAUGGUUUCGUAUGAAAAGUUUUUCUACUACCGAUAUUUUAAUGACAACAAUGAGCAAUGGUGGUGGUGGUCAAAUAUGGUCAGAUAAUCAACAACAACCAUGGUGUUCAUCACCAAUGAUCAAUAAUAAUAAUAAUAUUAAUAAUAAUCGAAAAUAUUUAUCCGAUUGUAAUCUAAAUGAUUAUUAUCGUUUUAUUAAUAUGAAUGAUAAACAAUGUAUAAAAGAUUAUAUAACAUAUUCUUGUUCAACAUUGGCUAUUUGUGGUGAUACAAUACAUUCAUCAUCACAAUUACCAUCACCAUCACAGGCACAAUCAUUUCGUCAGCUCAAUUCAACAUCAUUAAUAUUUUCCGAUAUUGAUUUGGCUAAAUCAAUGAAUCGUAAAAUUUUAAAUGAUGCUAUUAAACAAAGAUUGAAUGAAUUUAUUAAAGUAUUGGGUAAUACAAUGAAUGAAACAUUAACCGAAAAUGAAUUGAUAAAUAUUGAUGAAAUUAGUUCGGAUAUUGUUAUGAAACCGAUUAAAAUGAUGAUUAAUAAUGAUUUUCCUGCGGAAGAAUAUACAACCGGUGACAUAUUAAUCAAUGUUGUUAAUUAUGAACAACAAAAUGAUAUAAAAUCAUUUACGAAAAAAGAUAAGGAAAAAUUUGUAUUGAAUUGGUUGCAAACAGUUGAAACGACUACCGGCAUUAUGGAACCGAAUUGAAUGAAAUUUUUUCGGCACACAACAAAUACACACACACACACAUUUCAAUGUUUCACUCAUUUUUAUUAUUUUCACAAUCAUCAACACA